UUUCUCUUUUAACGCCUUCUCUUCUCUCGGAUCUCCGUCUCUCCGCUUUGGAAUUCACCAGCGACAAAGGGGACACAGAAAAAAAAAAAACUUCGGUUCCCAACAAAAAAUAUUUUCUCGGGCCGAAAAAGAAUUCUGUAUCUCUUUUGAGAGGUUUUGAAAUUCAAAAUCUUUUUUUGAUAUGUGGGUUGUUCUCGUUCCUCCCUUUACUGUUCGAUGCGAAAUGCCCUUGAGAUUUUGAUGCGUUUGUUUGGGAUGCGAGGAAUUCUUGAUGGGUCUCUGUACUUCGAAAUCCUACCCUAGCCCCAAUUCUCUGAAUUCCGACCGCAAUCCGGCUAGAAACAGUCCCGUCCCUGCAUCGGACAGCGUCAAGACUCCUCCUUCCAGCUCCCUCCAUGGCGAAAACCCUAGCGCCGACGAUCAGUGUGUAGAGAAUAGUGGAGGUCACAAUGAGGGGAAGAAAUCGCCCUUCUUCCCCUUCUACAGCCCCAGUCCCGCUCACUACUUCUUCUCCAAGAAGACUCCGGCGAGAUCUCCGGCGACGACCGCCAGCGGGAACUCCACGCCGAAGCGGUUCUUCAAGCGGCCCUUCCCGCCUCCGUCUCCGGCUAAGCACAUCCGUGCGGUGCUCGCGCGGCGGCACGGCUCCGUCAAGCCAAACGGUGCGGCGAUCCCGGAGGGGAGUGAGGCCGACGGCGGCGGCGUGGGACUUGACAAGAGCUUUGGAUUCUCGAGAAAUUUCUCGAGCAAGUACGAGCUCGGCGACGAGGUGGGUCGAGGCCAUUUUGGUUACACUUGUGCUGCCAAGUUUAAGAAGGGUGACAACAAGGGUCAACAGGUCGCUGUGAAGGUUAUUCCCAAAGCCAAGAUGACAACGGCCAUUGCCAUUGAAGAUGUCAGGAGGGAAGUGAAGAUUUUGAGAGCCUUGUCUGGCCAUAACAACCUACCCCAUUUCUACGAUGCUUACGAAGAUCAUGAUAACGUCUAUAUCGUGAUGGAGCUAUGCGAAGGAGGAGAACUUUUGGAUAGAAUACUUUCAAGAGGUGGGAAGUACACAGAGGAGGAUGCAAAGGCUGUGGUGAUACAAAUAUUGAACGUUGUUGCGUUUUGCCAUCUACAGGGUGUAGUACACCGAGAUCUCAAACCGGAGAAUUUCCUCUUUACGUCAAAGGAAGAGAACUCCCAAUUGAAGGCCAUAGAUUUUGGUUUGUCAGACUACGUGAGGCCAGGUACGAGGGACUGCUUUAUCUCGUCUUUAUUACAUCCAGAAUCCAAUUCCAGACCAACAUGUUGUGUUAUAUAUGUUUUGACAUGCAAUCUUGCAGAUGAAAGGCUCAAUGACAUUGUUGGUAGUGCAUACUAUGUUGCACCUGAAGUUCUGCAUAGAUCUUACAGUACAGAAGCCGAUAUUUGGAGCGUUGGUGUGAUUGUGUAUAUCCUGUUGUGUGGGAGCCGUCCAUUUUGGGCCCGGACUGAGUCAGGUAUCUUCCGUGCUGUUCUGAAAGCAGACCCAAGUUUUGAUGAACCUCCAUGGCCUUCAUUGUCUUCAGAGGCUAGAGAUUUUGUGAAGCGCAUGCUAAACAAAGACCCCCGUAAAAGAUUAACAGCUGCUCAAGCCUUGAGUCAUCCAUGGAUUAAGAACUCAAAUGACGUGAAGGUGCCGUUGGAUGUUUUAGUCUUCAAACUUAUGAGGGUUUAUUUGCGAUCAUCCUCUCUACGGAAAGCUGCGUUAAGGGCGUUGUCGAAAACUUUGACUGUAGAUGAACUAUAUUAUUUGAGGGAGCAGUUUGCAUUACUAGAACCUAGCAAAAAUGGAACUAUAAGCCUAGACAGUAUCAAAGCGGCACUCGUGAAAAAUGCAACGGAUGCAAUGAAGGAUUCACGGAUUUCUGAAUUCUUGGCACAACUUAGUGCCCUUCAAUAUAGAAGAAUGGACUUUGAGGAAUUCUGUGCAGCAGCAUUGAGCAUUCACCAGCUGGAGGCUCUUGAACGGUGGGAACAACACGCUCGUUGUGCUUAUGAGCUUUUCGAGAAGGAAGGAAACCGGCCCAUCAUGAUCGAUGAGCUUGCUUCGGAACUCGGACUCGGGCCAUCAGUCCCGGUUCACGCUGUUCUCCAUGACUGGAUUAGGCAUACCGACGGAAAGCUCAGUUUCUUGGGUUUUGUAAAACUGCUGCAUGGUGUGUCUAGCCGCGUGGUUAAAGCUCAUUAGAAGGUUCUAGAAAGAGCCAGAACGCGGUCUGGAAUGUUCCUCCCGGUGAUGCAAAAAUUGUCUGGUUUUUAUAUUUCCUUCAUUUUCAGGUGAUAGCAGAAGCAAAGAAAUGUGUGUGAGAGUAGUUGUAGAUGGGGUUGUUCACGAGGACGAUUGAGACGUACUUACAAAUACGGUUUUUUUUCUUCUUUCUUUCAAGAAUUGGUUUUGAAAAAGUCUUAUAUUUCACUCUGCAUCCUUUUUGUUCUAA